AUGGAUCCACGACACAACCAGCAACAGUCGCAGCACCCCUUCACCCGCCCGCUCAUACACAACCCGAACCACCAGCCGGCGCCCCCGUCCCAGCCGCGGCAGCCCUACUCCUCCUAUCCUCCCGUCUCGCAGCCACAACCCCCCGUCCACGCGCCCUUUUCCGACCCGUACACGUCGAGACGGGACCCUUUCCUCCCAACACCCUCCCAGCAGGGUCGCCGAGAGGGCUAUGGCAUACACGAUGGUCUUCGCGAUAGAGAUGCCGCGCCUGCAGAGCGCCAGGUCAUGAAUGGAGGCUGGGCAAAUUCAGCGGCUCAACACCAGCAUCACCACUCCCAAUCUGGCCCGCCGCCUCCUCCCUCCAUUACGUCCGCCCAUAGCUCCGCAAACCAGCCUUCCUACGGCUACGAUGCUGCACGGAGACGCUCUCUCGGCGGCGCCAGCCCCCCAACUCUCUACGGAGCUCCCCCUCAUGAGGCUCCACCACCCCCGCCGUCGUUUCCUCGCCCGCAUAUGCCACCCCCAUCGUCCCCCCAGCAGCCGCAGUCUCACUUGUCUCAUGCGACCAGCCAGCGUCCAACCUUCCCGCCGUCAUCAUACGGCGGCGGGCGAGAGCUUCCCGGCCUAGCCUCAGGUCACCGACAGGGAGGCAGUAUGUCUAUUUCUUCCCUCAUCGGUGGUGAUUCUUCAACGUCUAAUCAUGCAGCUCAAAAUCAAGCCUCUUCUCCCGGUACAUCCGCCUCAGCCACCCCAAUUAGCAAUCAUGCCAUGCAACCUCCGUCUCCACGGCGGGUGGCUUCCGGAUCUAGGUCUGAAUUCACCCAGUUCCGCCGAAACCCGUCUCCCGACAGGCACGCGAUGCCAAACUCAGUAACGAGGAUGUCUGAGGGGCAUGGCUAUUCCGCCAGCUCUCCUCCCAGACCUUAUUCUAGUAGCCAUGGAUCCCCAGAGCAUGGUCGGCAAAAUCUGCCCCCAGCUUCGCAACCGUAUAGGCCAAUGACGUUUCAGGGCUCGCGACUUUACCAGUCGUCCCCUAACGAUGCACAAUCACGUGACUCGCGACAGUCUGGCAUUCCUCCGCGUCCAAGCAGCCAGCCUUCUGCUCCAGUCGAAGCAGAGUCCAAGUCAGGUCUUGAUGCGCUAGGGCCAAGACGAGCUGCGUAUGGAGCCAACGAAGGCGAAAGAAGGCGAACUAUGGGAGAGUCUCAUCAUGCCAGGCCCAAUACCUCCGAACUUCUAGGCGGUGUGACGCAAGAACAGCGAGACCGCGAGCGUCCAGUUACGGUGCAACCUGUUUCGCAGUCUGCUUUCAGCCCUCCCCGAGACCAGCGAAUUUCGGCGCUUCCCCAGGAGGCCUCACAGCAAUCCCAACGAAACUUGUUCUGGCGUAACCAAGCCGGAGCUGGGGAGGAAGGCCAUCGAGGCCAGAAUCCCGGCUCCGCUCCAUUGUUUCGUCUGGGAUUCGGAGGGCCUGCGGCUCCGUCUCAGGCGCAGUCUACAUUUGCAAACGCAAGCGCCGAUGACCAGGCGCGAAUCCGAGCGGCAUCUGAAAAUCACCGGUUGAUAGAGCAGUACCAUGCGCCGCCGACCUCCGAUCCGAACAGUACGGAGAGGCGGAGGGCUGAACAGUUUGUACAAACUCCUUCAUCCGGUUCCAAUUCGUACACACCUCGCUCUGUGGGGUAUGAACAGCAGCAACGUCGCUUCGGCGAAGAAAUGCUACCACAAAAGUCGUUCCUAGGCAACUUGGGUCCAGAAGCAAACAGACGAACAGGACGAGCAUCACCACUUCCUCAGGCCGUACAAGGUGCUCAGGCUCAACCAGCGGGAAUUGGCGGCGACCCUAAUAUCAAGAGCGAAUUCGGAAGGAUGUUUUCUGGUUUAGGGAGCGGACUAGGGACUGGUCCUCCUGGCAUUACUACACCAUCGAGACAAAGCCCUCUUCCACAGGGCUCCCAGGAGUCUCUGGGCGGAGACUUCAUGUCUCGAGUUAACUCUCAGGGCGGACGAAAACCGAAGAGGGUAAAGGAUGAAGACAAUGCGCUUGAUAGCGAUGGAGACGGGAGAGGCACGCCAAACCUCAUGGGCUCGCGUGGGCCUAAGCGCAGCAAACACAAUCACGCAGCCCACCAUCAUCACCACCACGCCCAUCCGCACCAUCAUCACCAUCAUCACCACAAACCAGAGGAUGAAGCCGCUAGCCUACCUCCUAAUGCUGCAGCCGCUCCUUUUAAUAGUGCUCGAUAUGGUUCUGCUCAGCCGCAAAAUGGCACGGCAGCGCAGAUGGCCCAUCACCAUCACCAUUAUCACACGGGCCCUCACCACCAUCACCACGCACCAAGACCCAGCCAGCCAGCGCUAAUGCCUCCUCCUAAGCCUGUAAUCCCCGAACACGAUAUCUCGUCGGUUUUGCAAGAUGCUGCCAAGCAGCCUCGACGCCAUCUAGGAAGUCAGAUGUAUGAGGCCAAGGUAGAACUCCCAAAGGCAAACUCCCAGCUAGACGAACAAUUCGGGUACUCGUCCAAGCCGAAGCCCCUACCUGACUGGGACUUCAAUCCCGUCAACUGUACCUUUACGAUUCGCGUGCCACACCAGUACCUACGACCUAGAGAACGGUCGCAAAUUGUAACGCAGCGGCAUCUCUGGGGCACGACAGUCUACACGGCCAACUCGGACCCCAUCGCGGCCGCCAUACACUCGGGUUGGCUCCGUGGCGAAUGGAACGACUCAGUCAACGUCGAAUCGCUCGACCCUCGACUUUCCGAUCCCAACAAUCCCUCUGACGCCGAGGACACGCUCGAGAAAAAGCCCAAAGCACCGGUGGUCCCGCCGCCUGAGAUGAGCCUCCACAUCACACUGCUCAUUCUGCCAACACUCGAGGAGUACUUCCCGAUGACCGAGUACGGAAUAACGAGCCGCAAGAAGCUGGGUUAUGAUGGGUGGAGCUUCAUGAUCCAUAAAAUGCAGUGGGUGGAAGAGGGAUUCGGGGUCCGCGGGCAAGAGAGGGGUGCUGCGGCGCUGAAGAAGAGGCUGGAUGCUAGCAAUGCGCUGAUGGCUCUCAUGAAUGGCUCGAGGUCAUUUGGGAAGAUAAACAGCGGUGGAGUCGCCGCUACAGGGAGCGGGUUGACGAAGCUGCAUGCAUGA